UUUUUUUUUUUCCCCGCAUGUAAACCUUGCCACUCUCCUCUUCUUCUUUCAUCGAUCGACUCUACUCGAGGGAAGGGAUUGGGCGAUCAGAUCUCCGCUAUUGGAGAUCCGUUCGCCGUGGAUGACUGAUCGUUUUCGAGCAUCUCUUCUUGGAUUCUCUUGGUUUCUGGCCUUUGAAUCAGGGUCUCGGAGAUGGGUUCUAGGGAUGAGAAACCGGCGAGCAGUGGAUUCUUCUCUGCGAUCAGGAACUGGGGCAGUGCGGUGCAUAAAUCAGUGAAUGGGUUAUUGGGUUAUGAAGGACUUGAAGUAAUCAAUCCUGAAGGAGGCACAGAAGAUGCAGAAGCUGAAGCUCAAAGAGGAAGAUGGAAGCAGGAGGAUCGAGAUAGCUAUUGGAAGAUGAUGCACAAAUAUGUAGGAUCAGAUGUCACUUCACUGGUGACACUUCCAGUUAUUAUUUUUGAACCAAUGACAAUGCUUCAGAAAAUGGCAGAGUUAAUGGAGUACUGUCACCUAUUAGACCUGGCAGAUGAAUGUGAGGAUCCUUAUAUGCGGUUGGUGUAUGCGUCUUCAUGGGCAAUAUCCGUCUACUUUGCCUACCAGCGAACUUGGAAGCCUUUCAAUCCCAUCCUAGGAGAGACUUAUGAAAUGGUCAAUCAUGGUGGUAUUAUGUUCAUUGCAGAGCAGGUCAGUCACCAUCCUCCAAUGAGUGCAGCACACGCUGAGAAUGAACAUUUUAUUUAUGACAUCACUUCUAAAUUGAAAACUAAGUUUUUAGGAAAUUCACUGGAAGUCUAUCCAGUUGGAAGGACAAGGGUGACUCUGAAGAAAGCUGGUGUUGUCCUGGAUUUGGUGCCCCCUCCUACAAAGGUUAAUAAUCUUAUAUUUGGACGUACAUGGGUUGAUUCACCUGGGGAGAUGGUUAUGACAAAUUUGACUACAGGGGAUAAAGUUGUUCUUUAUUUUCAACCUUGUGGCUGGUUUGGGGCUGGCCGAUAUGAAGUGGAUGGAUAUGUAUAUGAUGCAGAAGAAGAACCCAAGAUAUUAAUGACUGGGAAAUGGAAUGAGUCAAUGAGUUGUCAGCCUUGUGAUCUUGAAGGGGAGCCCUUGCCAGGCACUGAAUUGAAAGAGGUCUGGAGAGUUGCUGCGACACCAGAGAAUGAUAAAUAUCAGUACACAUAUUUUGCUCACAAAAUAAACAGCUUUGACACAGCACCUGAAAAAUUAUUGGCAUCAGACUCCCGGUUGCGGCCUGAUAGAUACGCUCUUGAGAAAGGUGACAUGUCUAAAGCUGGUGCAGAGAAGAGCAGUCUGGAGGAGCGGCAGAGAGCAGAAAGAUGUCGAGAGGCCAAGGGGCACCAAUUUACUCCAAGAUGGUUCAACAUGACUGGUGAAAUCACUCCCACUCCCUGGGGCGAGCUGGAGGUAUACGAGUACAAUGGGAAAUAUACAGAACACAGGCUUAAAAUCAACUGUUCAGAUUCCAUUGAGAAAGUCGGCAUCGCCUCCACCGAGUUCAACCCGUGGCAGUAUGGUAAUCUGUCUGCCGAAUGAGGUACUCGGCUUACACGUAAGCCCUCCUUUCCUCCAAAUGUAUCUGGGCCCGUAGUUUUAAUGUUGUGUGGGGCAGUGUUUUGUCAGUGCUUUCAUGUAUCUGUAGUGUAGUUAAUAACUGUUGGCUUAGGGGGUAGUUUCGAUGGCAUUAUUCCAAAUAUAUGUGUGUUUGUUUUUCCUAGCCUUUGUAGCAGCAAUUCGAGAUGUUUGCCCUGCAAUCCCUUUGUUUUGUCGUCGUUAUAGUUUUCACUCAAAAAAAUCCGUUCACGCCAUGUGAACUUAUGGUGGCCUGGAGGUAGGGGUACUGUAGUUGUGAUAAUUGAAUUCUUACAUCAAUGUUUUUUAUUACUUGAUUUCUUUUUUA